UUAAUGAAGUUUGUCCCACUUCGUCUGCCGUCCGCCCCCAGGGUUUUCAGCGUGUGCAGGUUCCUAGUCCCGGGAGACCCAGCCAUGGCGUUCCGGUGUCAGCGCGACAGCUACGCCCGGGAGUUCACCACGACCGUGGUCUCCUGUAGCCCCGCGGAGCUGCAGAUCGAGGGCGGCGCCGGGAAGAAGGAAGUGCUGAGCGGGUUCCAGGUGGUGCUGGAAGACACGCUGCUCUUCCCCGAGGGCGGGGGCCAGCCCGAUGACCGUGGCACCAUCAAUGGCGUCUCAGUGCUCAGAGUGACCCGCCGGGGGGCGCAGGCUGACCAUUUCACACAGACGGCCUUGACCCCUGGGAGCCAGGUGCAGGUCCGAGUGGACUGGGAGCGAAGGUUUGACCACAUGCAGCAGCACUCAGGGCAGCAUCUUAUCACAGCUGUUGCUGACCAUCUGUUUGGGCUGAAGACAACAUCAUGGGAGCUCGGGAGGCUCCGGAGCACGAUCGAGCUGGACAGCCCCUCCGUGAGUGCAGAGCAAGCAGCCGCCAUCGAGCAGAGCGUCAAUGAGAAAAUCAGGGAUCGGCUGCCCGUGCACGUGCGAGAACUGAGCCUGGAGGAUCCUGAGGUGGAGCAGGUGCGGGGCCGGGGCUUGCCAGAUGACCACGCCGGGCCCAUCCGGGUCAUUACCAUCCAGGGUGUGGAUUCCAACAUGUGCUGCGGGACCCACGUGAGCAAUCUCAGUGACCUGCAGGUCAUUAAGAUUCUGGGCACCGAGAAGGGGAAGAAGAACAAAACCAACUUGAUAUUCCUGGCCGGGAACCGGGUACUGAGCUGGAUGGAGAGAAGCCAUGGCACUGAGAAGGCACUGACUGCCCUGCUCAAGUGUGGAGCUGAGGAUCACGUGGAAGCGGUGAGGAAGCUCCAGAACUCCACCAAGCUCCUGCAGAAGAACAACCUGAAUCUGCUCCGAGACCUGGCCGUGCACAUUGCCCACAGCCUGCGGAACAGCCCAGACUGGGGCGGUGUGGUUGUGUUACACAGGAAGGAGGCCGAUUCCGAGUUCAUGAACAUCAUUGCCAACGAGAUUGGGUCAGAGGAGACUCUCCUGUUCUUAACCGUUGGUGAUGAGAAAGGUGCUGGGCUCUUCUUACUGGCAGGGCCAGCUGAGGCCGUGGAGACCCUAGGGCCCAGGGUGGCUGAGGUCCUGGAAGGCAAAGGAGCAGGGAAGAAGGGCCGCUUCCAGGGCAAGGCCACCAAAAUGAGCCGGCGGGCGGAGGUGCAGGCGCUUCUCCAGGACUACGUCAGCGCGCAGAGCGCCGAGGAGUGAGGACGCAGGGCGCCGUCUCCCGGGAGCGUGCGUGGUCUUUCGGACAGUAAAAUAGUGUGACUGCAGGUGGCCGAGCUGCUGCUUAGUUAAACUCACGUGGCUCGUUUCUGCAGUGAGCUCCUGCUGUGUAUGUGAGUAGCAUUUGCUGGUGAAUAAACCGGUUUCUAGUUUGGCCCGUUUGGCCUAAGCUGCA